CUCUUACACUUCUUUAUUCGUCUACUUGUGCUUUGGAAUUUAGCACUAUUCUUGAUCCCAUUUGUUUCUUUCAAACACAUCAUCGGAGCUGAUUUACCAUGGUUGUGGACACCACCUACUAUGAUGCACUCGGAGUGCCGCCAACGGCCACCGAGCUAGAGAUCAAAAAGGCAUAUAGGAAACUUGCUAUCACCACUCAUCCAGACAAGAACCCAGGAGAUGAAACUGCGCAUGCCCGGUUCCAAGCGAUCGGAGAAGCAUACCAAGUCCUUAGUAACGAUGAAUUGCGAAAACAAUAUGACAAGUUCGGCAAGGACCAGGCCGUCCCUGGCGGAGGCUUCGAGGAUCCGGCACAGUUCUUUACCAUGAUAUUCGGUGGUGAAGCUUUCGUGGACCUCAUCGGAGAAAUCUCGCUGAUGAAAGACCUCACCACCACCAUGGACAUCACUAUGCAGCAAAUGGAAGAAGAGGAAUUGGCCGCGUCCGCCGAAGAGAAAUUACAUAUACACGACGAAGAGAUAAAACACGAGUCGACACCUGCGGCAUCCGCACCAUCCGCGGCCUCGGCUGCAUCAGCUACCGCGACCACAACGCCGGCUCCGGAGUCGAGUAACAAUUCCGGGACAAGUACACCACGGCGCAACUGGGGUCAACAGGCGAUCAUGGAUAAAUCAGAGGAAGAGGCUAGAAUGGAAGCUGCUGGUCUCACCGCUGAAGAGAAGGAGCUACGCAAAAAGGAAAAGAAGAAGGGCGGACUGAGUCGAGAACAACAAGAACGGUUAGCUCAAUAUGAAGAAGAGCGACGUAAAGCACGCCAGGAGCGGGUCGACACUCUCGCGCGCAAGCUUAUUGAUCGCAUCAGUGUUUGGACUGAGACAGACAAAGGUCCAGAAGUCACACACGCUUUCGAAGAAAAGAUUCGUCUUGAAGUGGAGAACCUGAAAAUGGAGUCUUUUGGGCUGGAAAUUCUCCAUGCUAUUGGGCAGACCUACGUACAAAAGGCUACUUCGUUCCUGAAAUCCCAAAAGUUUUUGGGCAUUUCAGGCUUUUUCUCUCGUCUCAAGGACAAAGGAACAUUGGCCAAGGAGACAUGGGGAACCAUCUCUACGGCAAUCGACGCUCAAAUGACGAUGGAGGAAAUGGCGAAAUUGGAGGAGAAAGGUGGCGCUGACUGGACUGAUGAGAAGAAAGCCGAGUACGAGAGAAAGGUCACCGGAAAAAUCCUCGCAGCCGCCUGGAGAGGAAGUAAAUUCGAGAUUCAGUCGGUGCUACGGGACGUCUGCGAUAAAGUUCUGGGAGAUAAAUCUGUGAAGUUGGAGAAGCGAAUAGAGCGGGCACAUGCUUUAGUUCUUGCUGGAAACAUCUACCAAAAGGCUGCACGCGAUCCCGACGAAGAGGGCGACUAUCUAGCCUUUGAGCAACUCAUGGCUGAAGCCGCCACUAAAAAGAGCAAGGAUGAUAAAAAGAAGAAAAAGGAGCACAAAGCUUCCAAGAGCCCCGACCGCGUCGAAGAGCAACCAACCUCGACAACCUAAACGCCACUUGGGCGGCCUGUGUUGAUACCGGAUUUUGAAAUAUUUGCGCAACUUAUGUCGAUAUGAAUCCAGCCCCGUGUAUUCCUUUCCCCGUUUCUUUACACAGAUAUCCAUUGCCCGUUCGGAUAAGUUUCCUCUGACCUUAAUGAUGGCAUGCUGCUUGCUUAUUUCGCACCAUGUUUAUAUCAAUAUAGAUAGUAUUGUUUCGCUCAAUAUAUGAUUGAGAGAUUUUCAUAUGUACAUAGACAUCUCUCGCUCAUGAUUCAUGUAAU